CAUGGGAAGAGCACACACACACAGACACACACAACUCAAAGGAUUUAUUACCUUGGACAACUUGGAGGCAGCACUCAAAUAUCAGAAGAGGCCAGAGCACUUUGAAAGAAGCAAGAGAGGAGCACAGAGAACUGUGAACAGAGAUACUUCUGAAUUCUUGAACCAUUGGACUGCAUCAAGAUGAUGAAAAAAGCCAAGGUUUUAGAUCCAACUGCUGCCGGGCAAGGCGGACUGGAAAUUCUUCCUCUCAAAAGACAAGGCAUCAAAAGGAGAUCUAAGGUUCCUGGUGUUAUGAUUACACAGUACAUUGAGGAACUUCCUGAGGGGAUGACAACUCCUGACUUCACACGUAAACCCAUCGCUUUAACCAUUCAAGAAGGAAAGCUGGCCAUUUUUAAAGCCAAAGUGAGUGGAAACCCAACACCCAUUGUAACCUGGCGUAGAGCUAAAGGAGAAAUGAAUGAUCCCCAAAAGUUUCAGAACAAAUAUGACCCCACAACUAAUGAACACACGUUGGAGAUGCCUAAAGUCAGUGUUGAUGAAGCUGACAUUUACAAAUGCUACGCCUCAAAUGAAUAUGGGAAGGCUGUUUGCACCGUUGUCCUAAAUAUCAUUGAAGUUGGAUUCAAAAAAGACAAAGAAAUGCAAAAGGCUGAAGCAGCUGUAACAGGUGACCCAACAGAGUUUAGAAAGAUGCUUAGGAAAAGUGCUGGCAAAAAAGAGGAGAAAAGGGAAGGUGACAUUGACGAGUCAGUUUGGGAAUUGCUGCUGAGUGCUGAGAAGAAAGAAUACGAACGCAUUUGCUCCGAGUAUGGCAUCACUGAUUUCCGUGGCAUGCUGAAGAGACUGGUCGAGAUGAAGAAGGAAAGAGAAAAGGAGCAGGCACAGUUCAUCCAAUAUCUCAGUAAUCUCAAACCAAUUGAGGUGAAGGCUGAGGGUGCUGCUACCUUUGAACUGGAAAUGGAGCUCAAAGACCCCAACAGUCGCAUUUUUCUGUACAAGGAUGGUGUCAUGAUUCCAUUCAGCAAAGAAGCUGAAGGAGAAAUGAAACACUAUCUAAAACAAGUUGGCAAGAAAUAUAUCUUCACUGUUAAAAACCUCAGUCCAGAAGAUGCCGGAAUCUAUCAAGUGGAUGUUGAGGGUGUCAAUAUCUUUUCAACGGAUUUCAAGAUUCCCCCUGUGGACUUUGCCCUGAAGAUUAAGGAGGUGACGGCCCAAGAAAGAGAGGAUGCCAUCUUUGAGUGUGUCUUAACUCAGCCCAUUAAUGAGAUUGUUUGGACCCUAAAAAAUACACCUCUCUCUAACAAUAACAAAUAUGAGAUUACUUCUUCAGAGGAUAAACUGAUCCACCGUCUGAGAAUCAUUGAUUGUAUGCCUUUGGAUGCUGGAAUCUAUGCUGCUCUAGCAGGCAUUAAGUCUUGCAGUGCUUGGCUGAUUGUAGAAGCUGACAAAGAUCCUGCAACAAAGGGCAAGAAGAAAGCCCGUAAAACCACUCAGGCAGGCGGUGCCGGAGAUGAAUUGAAGAAGAUUGCUGCUGAGCAGGCCGAGAGGAACAAGAAAGAGAUGGCAGAAGCUUUGGAGGCUGCUAAGAAACUCCAGGCUGAACGGGAGGCAGCAGAAGCAGAAGCCAAAGCCAAAGCUGCAGCUCAAGCCGAAGCAGCAAAAGCGGCUGCAGAGGCAGCUGCAGCUGCUGCGGCCGCAGCUGCUGCUAAAGCUGCAGAGGAUGCUCUUGCUGCAGCUAAAGCCAAAGGUAUAUCUGGGGCUGAAGCUAAAGCCGCAGCAGAUGCAGCGGCACGGGCUGCAGCAGCUAAAGCCAAAGCCGAAGCUGAGGAAGAGGCCAGGAAGCAGGCUGAACUCAAGGCCUUAAGUGAAGGCCUGAGUGCUGAGCAAUCUGCUGCAGCAGGCGCUGCGGCAGCUGCUGCAAUGGCCGCACAGGCAGCUGCUGCAGCAGCAAGGCUUCAGAAGGCUGGGGGUGGAGUUGGAGGUAGUGCUGCAGCGGCAGUAGGAGCGGUGUGGGCUGCAGGAGCUACUGGUACUGGAGAAGGUGGAGGAGCCGAAGGAACUGGAGGAGCUGGAAGAGCUGGAGGAGCUGGAGGAGCUGGAGGAGCUGGAGGGGCUGGAGGGGCUGGAGGGGCCGGAGGGGCUGGAGGAGCUGAUGUAGCUGGAGGAGCCGGAGGGGCUGGAGGAGCUGAUGGAGCUGGAGGAGCCAGAGGGACUGGAAGAGCUGAUGGAGCUGGAGGAGCUGGAGGAGCCGGAGGGGCUGGAGGAGCUGAUGGAGCUGGAGGAGCCGGAGGGACUGGCGGAGCUGGAGGAGCUGGAGGAGCUGGAGGAGCUGGAGGAGCCGGAGGGGCUGGAGGAGCUGAUGGAGCUGGAGGAGCUGGAGGGGCCGAUGGAGCUGGAGGAGCCGAUGGAGCUGGAGGAGCCGGUGGCGCUGGAGGAGCUGGAGCUGCUGGUGGGGCUGGAGGAGCCGGUGGCGCUGAUGGCUCUGGAGGAAGCGGUGGUGAGGGAGGAGGUGACGAAGAUGGAAAAAAACGUCAGCGAGCAGGACCUCUUGUACCGGAGACUGUCACAGGAAACUCAGACACACCCAGCCCAGUUCCAGAUGUGAGCAGGGAGCAUUGUAAGCAGGAAGGGGAAGCUGCGGGCCGUACCCGUGUAAGACAAGGCCCACUGAUACCAGACACAGUGAUUGGUGGAGGUAACCCAUCAGAUAAAGAAACCCCAUCAGGGUCUGGCAACCCAUCAGGUUCCAGUAAUCCAUCAGGUUCCAGUAAUCCAUCAGGUUCCGGUAACCCAUCAGGUUCAGGAAACCCAUCAGGUUCUGACAACCCUUCAGGUUCCGAAAACCCAUCCGGGUCCGGUAGCGCAUCAGGUUCUGGGGACCCACCAGGACCCGGGAAGCCACCAGGUCCCGGAGGCCCAACAGGAGGCAGCACUGAAGCUGCAGGGGAAGAAAAAGAUGCUGAAGAUGAAAAGGAUGAGUCAGCUAAAGCUGGAAAGCGUUCAGGCCGUAAAAAACAUGGCCUACAGGUUCCGGAGACAGUUGUUGAUCCUGGUGUUCACUUUGCUGCUGGGCUGGAAGACUGCAAAGCUAUUGUGGGAGAGGCAGCUGAACUGGUCUGCAAACUCAGCAGUGCUGAAUGUAAGGGUGUCUGGUCCAAAGAUGGCAGCGAGAUUACUGACGCCACUGAGGGUAUAACCAUCAGUAAAGACGGAGUCAUUCACAAACUGAAAAUUGCCAAAGUAUCAGAAGAAUUUGCUGGAAAAUAUCGAUUUGAGGCUGAUGGGCGUAAAACCGAAUGUGUGAUUGCAGUUGAAGAUCCACCAAGAUUCAAUGCCAAGGAAAUUGAAGUAUUUGCAAAACCGACUGUGGUCAAACACAAUCAGAAAGCCACCUUUAAAAUUCCAUUUAUUGGCCGUGAGCCAUGCAAAGUUCAGUGGUACAAAGAUGGUGAAGAGCUCAUGCCAGACUCUCACUGCAAGAUUGAGAUUUCAGAGAGUGAAAGCCGUCUGCUUCUCACCAAAUUACAGCGUAAAGACACUGGGGAAAUCAAAAUCAAAAUCAAAAAUGAGUUUGGCACAGUGGAAGCCAUUUCUAACUUAGUUGUGCUUGAUAAGCCUACCCCCCCACUUGGACCUCUGGAGAUCAUUGAAGCAUCUUCCAACUGCAUCGAGAUCAAGUGGAGACCACCAAAAGACGAUGGUGGUUGCCCUAUUAAAAAUUACAUACUUGAACGCAACCAAAUUGGACGCAACACAUGGAAAAAAUUAGGCCAGAUCCCAGGUGAAGCCCACUAUAAAGACAAUGAUGUUGACCAUGGAAGGAGAUACUGCUACCGUAUCAGAGCCCAGACUGAAGAAGGCACCAGUGAAAUGAUGGAGACAGAGGAUGUGCAGGCUGGCACUAAAGCAUAUCCUGGUCCGCCAUCUGCUCCUAAAGUAGUCAGUGCCUUCAAAAACUGCAUCAACCUGACAUGGACUCCCCCGACCACCACUGGAGGAACCAAUAUUUUGGGUUAUAACUUAGAGAAACGCAAGAAGGGCAGCAACUUGUGGAGCCAAGUCAAUCCACCAGAGCAGCCAAUUCAAGCAAAGAAAUAUGCUGUAAAAGAUGUAGUUGAAGGAAUGGAGUACGAGUUCCGUGUCUCUGCCAUCAACAUAUCUGGAGCUGGUGAACCAAGUCACCCCUCAGAAUUUGUGUAUGCAAGAGAUCCAAAAAAACCUCCUGGUAAAGUCAUUGACCUUAGAGUGACAGACUCCUCCUACACUACUUUGUCCUUGUCUUGGACUAAACCAAAGGAAACCCCCGGGGUUCAGGAUGAGGCCAAGGGGUACUUUGUUGAUAUCAGGCCUGCUGAGAACCCAGAGUGGGAUCGAUGCAACUCAAAUGCCAUCAUCAUGACCUCCUACACUGUAAAGGGAAUGAAAUCACUGGCCAUGUAUUGGGUUAGAGUGAUCGCCAUCAAUGAAGGUGGAGAGGGAGAGCCACAAGAGCUGGACAACUACGUUUUGGCUAUGCCUCCUCCAGUGAGACCAAGAUUCACAGAUACUAAGAUCAAGAGUUUCAUGGUGGUCAGAGCUGGAAAUUCUGCACGACUCAACGUCAACUUUGAGGCUUCCCCUUGGCCUGAUGUCAUCUGGCUUAAAGAUGGUGUCCCUGUGUCCAAACGUGUCACUAUUAGCAAUGCUGAGGGAGGCUCUCAGAUCCUGAUCCCAUCUGCAGAGCGUUCCGAUUCAGGAAUCUAUACCAUCAUAGUCAAGAACAUUGUGGGGCAAGAGACCUUCAGUGUUGAGAUUAGAGUUACAGAUGAGCCAAAGCCCCCAGGUCCCGUAGAGUUGGAUGAGAAUGUUCCGGGCACAGUGACAGUUUCCUGGGAACCAUCCCCAGAUGAGAAACGCGAUGAUCGCCUGCAUUACACGGUGACCAAGAGAGACUCCAGCAAGAGGACCUGGCACACUGUAGCAGACCGUAUCUUCAACAACCGUUACACAGCCUGUAACAUCAUGCCAGGGAGAGAAUACCAGUUCCGUGUGUACUCCAAAAAUGACAUUGGCCUGUCUGAACAUUCGGAGUCACCAAAAUGGCUAAUCACAUGCAAGAAAGAAAAAUUCAAGCUGAACAUCCCGGAGUCCAAGACCUGCAACUUAGAGAGGCCUCCGAGGUUUAUGGUCCCCCUGAAAAUCCACACAGCCCCACAAGGCUACGAGUGCUACAUGAGCUGUGCCGUGAGGGGCGACCCCACACCCCACGUCACCUGGUACCGCGACAACGUCAGCCUCAACACUAACACCAAUUACUUAAUAACUAACACCUGUGGAGUGUGCUCCCUGCUCAUUCUCAGGGUUGGACCCAAAGACAUGGGAGAGUAUAAAAUCAUCGCUGAGAACCCGCUGGGAAGAGCAGAGUGCUCUACCAAUCUCACAGUGAGAGAAUAAAACCAUUGGCGAGUGGAGGAUGUCAAAACAUACAUCUUGCAAAUCAUCAUGUUGUUUUUUGGAUUUUAGGCCCUUUGUGGAACAACAGCAUUGAAUAUUUUUGGAGAAAGAUGUGGCUUGUGGAAACGCAAUGCACUGCGUGUCCUUAUUAGACAAAAAAUGGUAGAAUCAAAUGCAUGUGGUAAAACUACAUAUAGUCUUAUUGUGUUUAAUAGCACAAAAACCUAAAACUCUAUGUGUUGUGCUUCUUGGAUGGCUGAUGCUUAAUACGCCAUGCUUUCCUAAUCCUGUUUGAUAAUGAUUUUACUUCAGCUUAGCUCAGGUUCGGGGGGUUUUAUUAUUCUUGUAUGGUAUUUAAUUUAUUCAUUUAUUUAUUCUUUUCUUUUGUGUAUGUUCCCUGCUCUUUCAAACUUUCACAAAUUCAAUUAUACUGUAUUACAGUAAAAAAAAAAGUGUAAAGUGUAGAUUGCUCGCAUUCAUUUAAUAACAUUCAUUAACAUUACGUUUUUUCUUUUUUGCAUGUAUGGAAAUGCUAAAAUGUAAAAAAAAAAAAAAAAAAAAAGCUUUUGCUUCAGAUAUGCUCUAUCAACAAAAAUGGUUUGGUGUAAAUAAAUAAAAUAUUCAAGUUCUUUGAACAGUG